AUGACCGAGAAAUAUAGUAUGAGCAAUGACUGGCUAUGGGAGCCGAAGCUCAUGUACGCGCUAAGUGCCGUCUGGGGUUCCACGACCGCAAACUACUUACCAGUCUAUUACCAGCACACGGCUGGGUUUUCCAAGAUGCAGAUUGGAUUAUUGCAGACACUUCCCAGUAUCGCCGCCAUCUUGGGCCCACCAUUUUGGGGCGGUGUAGCCGACCACAUCCACAACCAGCGCCUUGUGCAUGUGUUUUGCAUUGUCAGUGGCACGAUGCUGCAGUUUUCGGUUCGAUAUUUUUACUGGUCACUGGGCUGGACAGUGUUUAUGGUUCUCAUCAGUCAGAUCCAGAGCUUUCCUGCGGGCUCAUUGCUGGAUCACACUGUGCUUGAUUUACUGGAAAAGGAAGGAGGAGAGUACGGAAGACAGAGACUUUUUGGAGCUGUGGGGUGGGGCAUUGGGACCUACUUGACAGGAAUUGUGGUGGCAUUUGGAGGGAUCUUUUGGUCGUUUAAUCUGUGUCUCAUCGCAGGGUUUUCGACGUUGCUAGUGCUGCGACUGAUCCCGCGUGUCAAGUAUGGCGUUGAGUACACUUCACUGGAUACUCCAUGUGAGGUCGGACGAGGGAAUACCGAGACUGCGCUGUCGUUUUCGGAGACACUGCAUUUGAUAUCCCAACAAUUGGACGUGCUAGCACUGUUUGGUGUGGUUUUCAUCAUGGGAAACAUGAACGGGGUAUUCAGCAGCUUUCUCCAAUUGAAUCUUUACAAUCUCGCUGGCGACGAUCCGCAUAUUAUUGGCGUAGCUAUCAUGUGUGAAACGGUGUCGGAGUUGCCUGCAUUUUUCUUUGCUGACAAAAUUGUGAAGAAAAUGGGUAUAGUGAACGUACUUCUUGUGUCGCUUGCGGGUUACACGUUACGAGUUUCUUACUAUGCGCUGAUGAUAAAUCCAUGGGGGGCGAUUCCGUUUGAGUUCCUGCACGGCAUCACGUUUGGAUUGACGUGGGCAGCUUGUACACAAUACGUAUUUUCUGCGGCGCCUCGUGGAUGUGAGGGAACCUUCAUGGGCGUGUUGAGUUCUGUUCAAAAUGGUUUGGCGCGAGCGUCGGGCACGCUUAUCGGUGGAUACUUUUAUCAAAACUAUGGCGCUCGUGUGAUGUGGAUUGUCACGGGGUUCGGCCUGCCGCUGUCGCUGAUUAGCGUUGCUACGUUUGCAUAUUUAAAGCAAGACGAAUGCAGUAAGGUGCCGGAGGAAGAGUUGUUGUUAGAGCAUGCUGCGCUGUUUUCUCCUCAUCGGUGUGACGUACAAGGAUUAAAGUCGCCAUUGCAUGCACCAGGAUUAAACUCGUCUUCACACUUUCUGUACGACUCCACUUAA